AUUACCGGGUGAACUGUGCUCCCGCUGAGACACAGUGCCGCUCCGCAGCUUUCAUUUACGGGCUUUUUUUGUUAAGAAAAAGUAUCCAUCAUGGGAAAUGACUCGAUUUACGAUCGUAGCAGAGGAAUAAAAAGGACCGUGUGCUGUUAAAGAGACUCCCAUGAAUGACGCGACAUUAGAUCAGCGGAGCUGGACGGGUGCCAAGUUUUGGGGAAGGUUUUCUAUAGUAGUCAACCUGGGUGAAAUUGCAGGGACAGCCUCUAAACCAUGUAUGAGUCUCGGUACUACGAUAGCCCCCCUGUGUACAGCCCGCCUUACAGCACUCACUCCCACAGCUUCUAUCCCCCAAGGAGCGUCCGCUCCCCCCAGAGCCAGUAUGUCCCCUACACCUACGAUGUCCCUCCGGGCUCCAACUACAUUGAGGAGAAGCCUCAACACUUCUACCGCUGGUUUUCUCCUCCUGGUUUCGUCAAAACCUUCCAAGGAGUUACAGUCCUCAUGUGUUUCCUCAUCUUCGCCUGCGUGGCUUCCACCUUGGUGUGGGACAUGAAUGGAUUUGGGUACGGGGGCUACGGUGUCGGGGCCACAGGGAGUAUCGUUGGGAUGGAGUCAGGAUAUUAUGGAGGCAGCUACGGCUACGGUAGCUCCUACAUGACACCACAGUCUGCCAAGGCGGCCAUGAUUUCCAUGGUGGCCAUUAACUUCCUGGUUUCACUGGGCUUCCUGGUGGCAAGUUUCUCACGUUCACGGAUCAUGAGGGGAUGCAGGUUCUACCUCACCGUGUUCAUUUGCGAUAUCAUCUUAGCUGUCCUUCAGAUAGCUGCUUGCUGUCUGGAAACGAAGUCGAUAAAAAUGGGCAUCAUCGACAUCAUCUUUGUGAUCGGGGUGAACCCGAUGUCUCAGAGCUCACAGAGCAUGCUGUACAAUCCCAUGCUGAUGAUGUGCCAGAGCAUCCAGGGCAGUCCCAGCCUCAGCGGCAGCAUUGGGGCCGGUUUUCCUGGGGGGUUCCCCAUGUACAAUCAAUACCUGCACCACUACUGCUACAUGGAUCCCGAGGAGGCGGUUGCAUUAGUGUUGGGGCUGAUGGUGGUGUUGGCCCUGUCCCUGUCUGCUUACUUCGCCUACAAGACCCGCAGCAAGAUUUGGCGCCAUGGCAAAGCUAACAUCUACUGGGACGAGUCGCUGCUCAGAUCGUCAGAGGGCCAGGAUGUACAGGACUGGGUGAACCAUGUUGGAGAGGUACGCAGCACCCAUCAGGCACCAACUGUCGUCGUAUCAGAGAGAGCAGCACCUGACCUGAGGGCAGAGAACAGUGUCGUCUCCUACGGCAACGGAACAGUCAGCAUCCACAGUGAGGGAUAUUAUAAAAGCAACAGUAAUGGUCGGGGUGCUGAGCCUCUGUGCCAGAACGGCAGGGUCACAGUUGGCUCCAGCAGCUCCUCGGAGGAGACUGACAGCAUGAGGAAACCUCCUCCUUAUCACGUGAAGAAGGAACGGAGGAAGGGCCGAGAGCCCAGGCCUGCUGCUCGGGAGAGGAUGGAGUCCCCGUGUGAAACCGGUUACACCACCGGAGACACUGGCAAUGAGCUGGACCGGGACCACACAGAUAACCUUUACAGGCUGUACCCAGAGAUAACUUCAGACGAGCAGCGCCGGCAGUACAAGAAGGAGUUUGACUUGGAUCUGGCCCGCUAUAAGAGCCUCUGUGCCGAAAUGGAUGACAUCAGUGACCAGAUGCACAAGCUGAGCCGAGAACUGGACAUGUUGGACCAGGGCUCCAUUAAGUACCAGGGUGUGGCAGACGAGUAUAACCGACUCAAAGACCUGAAAAGGACGUCAGACUAUCAAGCAAGGAAGAAGCAGUGCAAAGAACUUCGGGAAAAACUUUUCCACAUCAAACGCCUGGUGAAAAUCUUUGACCAAGGUCUUUGUUAGUAUAGUGUGUCUUAAUAAAAUCUGUCCAAACGGCUGAGGAUGAACACUGACAGAUGUGUGACCUGGCUAAAGAAACAAGGCUGUAUCCUCCAUUUUCUCUCCAGUUUUACUGCUUUGCUGUUUGAAUAGUAACGGUUCAGCUUCAGUCACUGAACCUUGAAUGUUUUUGACCCGAAUGUUUACAACUUCUGUAUUACUUUUGCAGCUGUGAGAGUGGAUUACUGUCGGAACAGCGCUACUGGUAGACUUUUCUUUGCUUCGCUGUAACAACAUGGCACUGUUAAAAUUAUAUUUAUUAUAUAUACUGUUAGUAUUAUAAUUUAAUACUGCUUAAUUGUUCCAGAAUGUCGUAGUAUGGGAAUUAAUGAAUCUCAGCUUUUAUACAGAAAGAAUGUCAUGAGUGAAGAUAUAACAACAGAAAUGGGAGAAAAAUAUAUUUAUCAUGUUCAUACUACUUGUAUUAUGGUUUUCUACUAUAACAUGUUUGUUUGCUUUAAUGUUCAAGAAACACAUCCUUUUUCUCAUAGUGUCUGUAUACCUGUAUUCACCCUCUGUCUGAAACGUCUUCUCUGAUUGGUCAGCGUUUUUGUGUCUUCUGCAUCUGCGCUCUCUGCGUCUCUGCACCGCCAUUGCAGUCGGGGAAUGACUGUAACAGCACUGUGGUGGCACUUUCUACCUACUGUAGAUAUAGUUGGGGUUCGGUACCUAAACCCGGUGCUAUUAUGGCACAGAUGCCUAAAUAAACGGUACCUCUCA